AAUUAUAAACAACAAUUCUUAUAUAAAUAGUUCUUUCUAUUGAGGAAUUAUUCAGUUGUUGUAGAGACAGUAGACUGUAUCAUGAGGGCUGCAGUUUUGGUGUUGGCGCUAAGCGCCUUAGCCACGGCUAGUUCUGACGUGGAUGAGGUAUUAGGUGCUAUGGAUAUCAAACAGAGGCAAGUUGUGAUUCUAAAGUUACUGAACCAAGUAACUGAACCGGUGAUGUACAAGGAAAUUCAAGACAUUGGCAUGAACUUUAAAUUAGAAGAGAAUAUUGCAUUAUUUACAAAAUCUGAAGUUGUUAAACGUUUAAUCGGCUUAGUGAGAGUGGGCCCAUUACCACGUGGUGAAAUUUUCACACUACAUGUUCCACGUCAAAUGGAGGAAGUAAUUUCCAUGUUCCACGUCUUAUAUUAUGCCAAGGACUUUACCACUUUCGUCAAAGCAGCAUGUUGGAUGCGCUUGAACCUCAAUGAAGGCAUGUUUGUCUAUGCUCUAACUAUUGCAGUCAGACACCGUCCCGACUGCAGGGGCAUCAUUUUACCCCCACCGUAUGAGAUCUAUCCUUACUUCUUUGUCCGUGGAGAUGUGAUUCAGAAAUCUUACUUGCUUAAAAUGAAAAAAGGUCUUCUAGAUUAUAAGCUCUGUGACCACUACGGCAUUAAAAAGACUGACAAAGAUAUCUACAUAGUGGAUGAAAAUAUAUAUGAUUCACGGGUCUUCCUGAAUAUUGAAGAUAAACUUAGAUACUUUACCGAAGACAUAGACCUAAACACCUACUACUACUAUUUUCAUGUAGACUAUCCAUUCUGGAUGAAUGACGAAGUCAUAAACAAAGUCAAUAAAGUCAGACGUUUCGAACUCACUGUAUACAUGUACCAACAAAUACUUGCGAGGUAUAAUCUUGAACGUCUUUCCAAUGAAUUACCUGAAGUGCAACCAUUAUCAUUGCGCAAACCUAUUGAAAAGGGAUACUGGCCAUGGUUAAUGUUGCAUAAUGGUAUCGAAAUGCCCGUAAGGUUGAACAAUCUUGUUGUAGCAACUGAGGAUAAUGUCGACAAUUUGCUUUUAGUUGAAACUUACGAAUCAAUGAUUAAAGAAGCCAUCAUCAAAGGAUAUGUCACUAUUGAUGGUGUCCAACUGGAGCUUACUAAACCAAACGACAUCGAAACUCUUGGUAGACUAAUCUAUAGUAAUAUGAAUACACUAGGACGGGACGUGAUGAAUCCAAAUACGAUGGUUUAUGAAUCUUAUCGUUAUUUACUUAUAAUUAUGAAGUCAGUCUUAGGCCUAAAUACUCUGAUUCCUGACAGAUUAUUUGUGACGACCACAGUAUUAGAUCAUUACGAGACUGCUCUUCGAGAUCCAAUAUUUUACCAAUUGCAGAAACGUCUCCUUGACAUUGUACUUUUAUAUAAACUACGUUUACCUAGUUAUACAAAAGAAGAACUCGGCUUUCCUGGAGUGAAAAUUGAUAAUGUUGUUGUAGAUAAACUUGUAACACACUUUGAUGAUUACUUUAUGGAUGUUACAAAUGUUGUGACACUAACGGAGGAGGAACUUAAAAAAGCCGCAUCCGAUAUGAAACUUAUGGUUCGCAAGCGACGCCUCAACCAUCAGCCCUUCAAAGUCAGUAUUGAUGUCGUUUCUGACAAGACAACUGAUUGUGUUAUCAGGAUAUUCUUAGGUCCUAAAUUUGAUAGUUUAGGUCGAAUGAUAGACAUAAACAAGAAUCGUCUUAACUUUGUUGAAAUCGACAGUUUUCUUUACAAACUAAUGACUGGAAAGAAUACAAUAGUAAGAAACUCAGCAGAUAUGCAUAAUUUAGUGAGAGACCGCAUAAUGACACAUGAUAUCUGGAAGAAGAUUGAAACAAUUACUGACUAUAAAGAUGUUAUGGUUAAGGAUUUAAGAAAUUUCCACACAGGGUAUCCAUCUAGACUGCUUCUUCCUAAAGGUCGAAUUGGUGGUAUGGAGUUUUUGCUGUAUGUAAUCGUUAGUCCUUUAAAGAUGAUAGAUAACAUUGACGUAAACGUACUUGAUAUCAACCGCAAAGAUCUUGGCGUUGACUUUAGGUCAACUGUUCUUUUAGACAAGAUGCCUCUUGGUUAUCCAUUUGAUCGUCCUAUAGUACCGGUCAUGUUCUUCACUUCUAACAUGAAAUUUGUAGAUGUAAUGAUCUUUCACAAAAAACAGGUAUCUGAUAUGAAAACGCGGUGGGAACGAUGGGUAUUAAGGGACUAUAUGUUGGAAAGGACACCAGUAAAUACGGACACUUAUUUCGUAGAUACUGAUGUCAAUAUGAAAGUCAUUAAUCAGGACAUGAAUUUGGUUGAUUUAUUGUAAUAAAUUUUAUAACGGUACAAAUUUAAAUGAAAAUAAUUGAAUGUAAAUAAUAAAAUAUUCAGUUUUUAAUA